CUGCCCAACGACCGUGGGCAGAAGGCGGGCCUGGUUUGUUGGGGGGGGUCUGGUGUGUGUGCGUGUGUGUGUGUGCGUGUGCCUGUGCGCGCGCGCGCUGUGGGUGUGCGCGCGCUGCCUGUGAGCGUAUAUGUGUGUGUGUGUCUGGGGGGUCCUGAGGGGAACGUGGGGGCGAAGCACCACCGGCCAUGGCAGCAGCGGAGGAAGAGGACGGGGGCCCCGAAGGGCCAAACCGCGAGCGGGGCGGGGCGGGCGCGACCUUCGAAUGUAAUAUCUGUCUGGAGACGGCUCGCGAAGCUGUGGUCAGCGUGUGCGGCCACCUGUAUUGUUGGCCCUGUCUUCAUCAGUGGCUGGAGACCCGGCCAGACAGGCAAGAAUGCCCCGUGUGCAAAGCUGGCAUCAGCAGGGAGACGGUUGUCCCUCUUUACGGGCGCGGGAGCCAGAAGCCCCAGGAUCCCAGAUUGAAAACUCCACCCCGCCCUCAGGGCCAGCGACCAGCUCCGGAGAGCAGAGGGGGGUUCCAGCCGUUCGGUGACACCGGGGGCUUUCACUUCUCAUUCGGGGUUGGCGCCUUCCCCUUUGGCUUUUUUACCACCGUGUUCAAUGCCCACGAGCCUUUCCGGAGGGGUGCAGGUGUGGAUCUGGGACAGGGUCACCCCGUCUCCAGCUGGCAAGACUCCCUCUUCCUGUUCCUCGCCAUCUUCUUCUUCUUCUGGCUGCUCAGUAUUUGAGCUGUGUCCCCCCCUUACCCCCCCACCCCGCCCACCUCUAGCCACAGGAGAAUCAGUAUUGGGGGUCCCUGCUGGCCCCUCCUUGCUUUCGGAGCACCCCCUGGCUUCCACGACUUAUGUCUGUUAGCCAGCCCUCCCUCCCUUCAGGAGGUCGUGGGAAGGAGUGACCAGCCUGCCUCCGAUGGGAGUGCCUGCUGCUCUGCAUUGCCGCCCUCCCCCCUGAAGGAGGGCAGACAAAGACAGGCGUCCCGUUCUCUUCCCCAUCCUUUGCUCCCCCCAAGAUUUCUUGAUUCGAUGUUUAAAGGUGGGCUUCCCCUGACUCCUCCACUUGUUGAUUUAAUUUAAUUUUCCUCUCCCCACUGUCUUAAUACGAGGUCUGAACUCUAAAUGUCUCCUUUCCACCCUUCGCUACCUCCUUUAUUACAGAUUCAAUAAUAAUAAGAAUAAUAAAAAAAAAAGAAAUAUA